GUGGUGUACCAAUUGCGCAUGGAUUAUUGAUGUACUCUGACGAUGCAGCCACAGGAUCAACCAGGGGCGUGCAGGGGCUGAAAUGUGUCCUCGUGACCAGUAUUGCCGGAAUCAGGGCGAUCACCAGCCACAAAACAAGGACAAAGCCUGAGGAGUGAACGCCUGUUUACCGUGACGUCAGGCUCUAAGCGACACAAUGAAAAUGGCGACUAUUGAAAGAGGAUGAGGAAGUGCCGUCACCAGAAUCGCGUGCCUAUAACAGUCGCAACUCAUCCUGUUUCAGAGGUAUUGCAUUUACUCUCUCUGACUAUCAGUGAAAGCCAACAUAACAUCUGUUUUUACAAUAUCAACCCAGCAAACAAAGCAACAUGUCGGACAUCGUUAAAGGCGUUGGCAACCUCUUUUACUCGGUUCUCGAGAUCAUCCAAGGCAUCUUCUCGACCAUUCUCAGCGUGUUCCAGGGCGCCAUCAACACAGUCCUUGGCCUCUUCAAGAAUGUCUUCAACUUGGCCGAAGGUGUUGUAGGCUUCAUCAUUGGUAUGUGGUCUGAUUACAUGGAAGAGAUCUCACAAACUGACAUUAAAACAGGCAACAUCUUCAUUCUUGGCACUCUGGCUGCUGUGUACUUUGGGUACAUCUUGUAUCAGCAACGCCAGGGCAAGAACCCGGCUCCCCUCUCAAGGGCAGCAAAGAAGACCAAGUAAAGCGAACAACAGAGAGCGAUGGACAAGCAACGGUCGAAUGACUGGUACGCGCAACGACUACUGCUGUGUCGGGUGUUAGAAGGACACUGCGCUUGGGUAGAACUCGAAGUAUGUCAACACGGGAAAAGUGCUGGAUUAUGAGGACAAGACGCGACUGUAUCCGGCUAUAAGGUAGCCAGUUUAUGUAGAAUAUGCACUGAAGUCGGUGCUCAAAUGCAAACAAUAACAACUUCGAUCAGAAUGAUCAGAUGUACCACUAUCUCGUGAAAAUAAAAACAAUCCACGUCGUCGCUGACCUCGGCCCCCACCAAACGUAGAGAGGCCCCAAU